GUGCAGUUAAUUGAAAUGUCAAUGGUAAUUACGACAAUAACCAUUGUUGCACAGUUUCUCCAAAAUUGUAUUUAAAGUUUGAUUUAUUGAUAUGAGUGAUAACGCACUUCAGUAUUUGUUGUUCUGGAAUAUUUUCUUUAUUGUUUCUGAUAAUAAAGUUGAAUAUUGAACAUUCUGAUUUUCCCGGGUCCUGCGGAUGUUUGACGUUCCCCCUCUGCCAAUAUUCAAUAACCCAUUGCCCUUGCGCUUAGACGCAAUACGCGCCAUUUGCUAAACUUUAUUUCAUCAUGGCAAAGAUUAGCUUUUCACGGGAUUGAAAUUUCGUGAUUGAGAGGCCUACUAUCAAAAGAAAUUCGUGUCUUGGUGUCACACAAUACUCGGUGUAACUAUGGGUACAAAUAUUGAAGAAAGCAAUUCAGAAUCGAAGGAUUUCAUCGCGAUAACUGAAGAGUUUGACGACAUGAACGAGAAUAUGUUCGACAGUGUUGAUAAGAAACCUCUGGGGGAUGCCUUAUUGGCAGACCCAGAUAAUUGUGGCAUGUGUGGGGGUCCCUUGGUGGUUCCUAGGAUGCUGCAUUGUUUACAUGUGUUUUGCCAGGAGUGUUUGGAUAAAAAGCUUGUUAACAGUGCUGGAGAUGCUGGAGCUGUGGAUGCUUCUCUAGUUUGCCCAACUUGCAGCCAUGUCACAAUGGUUGGUACAAAAAAACUAGCUGUUCUUCCUCUCGACGUGACAAAAACUAAUAUAUCUGAUGUUUCCAAUUCGUCCAACUUACAUUGCACAUCUUGCACAGCAAAGGAAGUGGCAAAGUCCAGGUGCAGCACUUGCCACAAUCUUCUUUGCAAUAACUGCGAUACUGCUCAUCAUUAUAUGCGCUGUUUUGAAUCUCAUAAAGUUGUUGCUCUUGAUGAUAUGCGAAAGGAUGGUACCAAAAUUACAGUUCACAAACCUUUGGAAUGUGACAUGCAUCCUGGAGAGAACAUAAUCUACAAUUGCACAGUUUGCAGUAUUACUGUGUGCGCAGAAUGCUCCAAAACCGAUCAUAAGGGUCACCAGUGUGAAGGCAUAUUAGAUUCCGAGACCAGAGUUCGGCAAGAAAUGGAGUCUUUGUUGGUAAAGAACCAAGAAAAAAUCGAAUUGCUUAGGAAAGCUUCUGCUAGUGUCAACAACAAUAUGGAAGAGCUAUCCCAACAGCGAACAAAUGCAAGAGACCUCAUCAAAGAGUCUUACCAAAGCUAUAAAGCCGUUCUUGAAAAAUGCAGGGACGCCGCUUUGGAAGACCUGAAUAAGCUGUAUCACGACCGAGAAUUGAAAAUCAUGAAAGAGACCCAUGAACUAGAGAAAACCAUUGACAACAUGGUGGACGCCUGCAAAUACACUAGCCAGUUGUUGGAGAAUGCUACAGUUCCAGAAAUGAUGUACUUGAGGAAAAUUGUAAUUUCAAGAAUGCUGGCGUUGAAUGCGAAAUCACCGAAGAUGGAAGGUUAUUACAGUAUUGAAUUCAAAUCGGAUUUUUCUGAGUUUGAGCAAGUUACCAAAGAUCAGUUUGGAAGAUUUGUAACAGAAAGUGACAUCAGCUCGACAGCUUCUAGCCCCGUUUCAAUAAGACCAGAAUUACCACCCCUCAAUAUCAACGGAGUCACAACCACACCUACGAUUAUAACAAACGGCUGCAGUAUACCAUCUGUAACGAACAGCCCUAUAUCGCUAGCAUCUAUGCAGUCUUCUUUUGAUGGAGAUUUAAGCAACAAUUUACAAAAUUUCUCUAUUACUCAAAGUCCUCCAUUACCUAAUGUCAAUUCAACUGCUCUACAAGGAUUUUCCAGUAUUGCCGAAUAUAAUUUGGCACAACUUGCCACUCUUGCAGAAACGACCAACAGUGCCGCUACUUCUCCUUCUCCAGGGCCUUUCAAUUUGGUUGAUUUACUGAAUAAUGAUACUGCCUACAAGAACCUUGCUUCCCUUGCCAAACUGGGACUCACUGCAUCUGAUGCCAUACCCAAUGGAAAUAACAUACUGGUCCGUUCUACAUCAGCUGCAUCACUAAAUUUAACGAAUAAUCUCAUUAAUGGCUUCAGCGGUGUAUCCACAUCUACGUCUCCUUUACUAUCCACACCUGAUGAUAUUAUCCCUGAUCCUUUGACCAAUAUUCUCCCUUCCACAGGAACCAACUCGAAUCCUUCGGUGCCCCGCACAAAUAAAGUAAGUCCAAUGCAGAUUCGCUGCAAGUUUGGUCAGCUGGGACCCAGCAAAGGACAGUUCAAUUCUCCGCACGGCUUCUGCUUGGGACUGGAAGAAGACAUCAUUGUGGCCGAUACAAAUAAUCAUCGAAUUCAGAUAUUUGAGAAAACUGGAACAUUCAAAUUCCAAUUUGGAAUACCUGGAAAAGAAGAAGGGCAGUUGUGGUAUCCUCGUAAAGUAGCGAUCAUGAGAUCAACUGGAAAAUAUGUAGUCUGCGACCGUGGAAACGAACGUUCUCGCAUGCAGAUCUUCACAAAAAAUGGCCAUUUCUUGAAGAAGAUCGCUAUUCGCUACAUUGACAUUGUGGCUGGCCUUGCAGUGACAAGCCAUAGUGAAAUUGUUGCUGUAGACAGCGUCAGUCCGACCGUGUUCAUCAUUGGAGAAAGUGGUGAUCUCGUUCGUUGGUUCGAUUGUAGUGAUUAUAUGAGAGAACCCUCUGACAUUGCCAUUCAUGGUAAGGAAUUUUAUGUCUGCGACUUCAAGGGACACAACGUUGUUGUAUUUAGCGAGGAUGGUCACUACUUGCGCAGAAUCGGAUGCGAAAAUUUGACUAAUUUUCCUAACGGUAUCGAUAUAUCUGAUGCUGGAGAUGUCUUGAUUGGUGAUUCACAUGGAAACAGGUUUCAUGUUGCCGUUUUCAAUAGAGAUGGGUCACUUAUUUCUGAAUUCGAAUGCCCCUAUGUGAAGGUAUCGAGGUGCUGUGGAUUGAAGAUUACUUCUGAAGGCUAUGUAGUAACGCUUGCCAAAAAUAAUCAUCACGUGCUGGUCCUGAAUACCUUAUACAUCCUUUGAAGCUCCGAGCAAGUUGAUUUGAUCUCGCAUUGUACACAAUGUUGAGAUCCUCCUCGUGCCCCUUUAAUCGUUAAGAAUCUGGAGUGUUGUCCGGCUCUUUCAAUAAAUGCAGUCGAGUUGACCUGUUUUUGAUAGAAAAUAUUUUUCGGUGUAUGCUGGUCCUUGCAGAUCGUAUCUGAAAUCCUUGGUUUAUGCACAAAAGAGUAUGCCAGAUUUGCGGGGCAGAAUAUGGAGAGUUCUAGUACGUUCUGUGCGGAUCCCAAAUCUUCUAUAACAAUCACUUGUAAUAAUAAUAUUACUCAUCUGGUUUAACCAGUCUCUGUGUACCUAUUAGUAGCACUCUUGUUCCUCUGCUUAACCUUUCGAUAUAGAUGUAUCAAUUCCGGAAAUUACUGAGUUAUUUUGCCUAAAAAUAUUCUAGUACCAAUAUAUGAAUAUACAUAGUUUAUCGCAUAUUAUAUAUGUAUUAUAUUUAUAUUUCGGACAAGUUUUUUCUACAUGCUGUUCUUUGAUAAAGACUUUUACUUUGUUUAUUAACGGAAGCAUGAUUAUCUGUUGUAGCACAGAACAUGAUUUUGCACAGUACUGCAGAUGAAAUGUUUACACUAGCAUUUUUCAAUAUUUACUUUUAUGUAAUUUGACGUGUUCGUUUUUUAUUAUUCGAAAAUGUUUGUCCUUUUGAUUUUGUGAACAGUUGCAUUUCUUUUUCGAAAUAUAAAAUCAAUUUUUAAUUUCUUUUCCUUUUGUCACUACAAAUUUAAUGAAACAUUUCAGAAAUUACUUUCAUGAAAAUAUCGCUUCGUGUUACACAUAUGGUUAUUCAGGGUGGCAAGAGCUUGUGUGUUUUUGGAACUGUUUUUUAUUUAAAUUGUACUGAAGGUUGUUUUUAAUUUGUAAGUUAUAUUAUUGGUUUUUGAAUAAAUAUAAUU